GAAGUGGGGAUCGAACCUGCAACCCUCAAGUUGCUGGCACGGCCGCUCUACCAACCGAGCUAUACCGCCCCAAGUAGGUAGGCCCAGACCACCUAUCCAGUCAGGACAUUCCAAUUCAACUCUGAUCUCUAAACCACCAGAAAGAACCGGGGACUGCACACAUUCAUCAGAUGGCGGCCAAGCUUUACUAUGGAACAAAGAAGUCAAGCGAACACGGUUGGAUUGGACGACACAUACGAAGUACAGUGUAUUAUGCAGCGAACAUUUCGAAAGAUCAUGUUUCGAAGAGGGUCCCUUGCGAAUGGCAGAAAUGGGAAUCAGCACUCGUCGACUCGUGCUGAAGAAAGGUGCGAAGCCAACUAUUUUCGAUAGACCACGGACAAGUCCGGAGCACCCGACCCCCUCCACAAGCGGACAGACUGGGCACAUGAGGUCUGCAUUUGCCAAAAGGGAAAGGAAGAGGACAAUAGAUCAGAUCAUGGACAGUACGACUACGGCAUCAGUGGCGGAUGCGGUGGAUGAACCAAUGGCAAUGGCACUAGAUUUGCCUGAUGAGGAGGGCGAUCAAGAUCAGGGAAAUACAAGAGAACAAGGAUGCCAGACGGACUGGGUACCGAUUGGGACAGCACCAACAGCAAUGACCAGUAGCAAGAGCACCCAAACAGGGAAAAUACAUCAUAGAUCAAAGGGACACCAGGUGACCCCAGAUAUCCUCGAGAGGGUUAGAGCUCGGCCGGCCAGGGUUAGUGAAGUCCCAUUGUCAAGUGUAGCAGCUCCAUCUGACAGCCCCGAGAUGCAGACUAACAUAGCAGCUCCAGGUGUGUCUGGAAUGCAAGCCAAGCUACGACCACCUCCUGCAUUGUUUGAUGAAGGACCAGCAUCAAGUCCCACUGCGCCUUUUGUUGGUGGUUCUUCCGAUGACAGCUAUGUGCCGAGUGAGUCAACGACAUCGGAUCCGUGUCAAUCUGACGGGUCGCCAGAUCGCCCAUGUACUCACCAGAUGCGUGAAGAGGGCUGCCACAAGGAACCGAAGUACAUCAUCUUUGAGUCGUGCCUCCAGAGUCUCGUCAAGUGGUGUCACUGUCCAGUCUGUGGCAGCCAGGACAUAAGCCCUUCUUGGGAUUCGAACGGUACACAGCUGACCAUGACUCUUCAAUGUGCAUCAUGUGACCAGAGGAGUAGUUGGAGCAGCCAGCCAAACAUUGGCCCUUAUGCCGCGGGCAACAUCCUGCUGUCUGCUGGCAUCCUCUUCGCUGGGGCAUCUUCUGGCAAGGUGUUGCAAGUGCUGAACAGCAUCGGAGUGGUCACGUAUGUGAAGAGGACAUUUUUCAACCACCAGGAGCUCAUCCUGCAGCCAGCCAUCAAAAAGGUGUGGGAGGAACAGCAACGGACGCACCUCACCAUGCUGCAGGUGGAAGGCCGACCCCUCGUCCUUGGUGGUGAUGGGCGAGCAGACAGUCCGGGACACAGCGCCAAGUUCGGUACCUACACCACAAUGGAGCUUGUGGCCAAUGUGGUUCUCGACCUUCAGGUUGUACAGAGCAACGAAUGUCUUGGCAGCUACCAUAUGGAGAUGGAAGGACUGAAGAGGAUGGUGGAACUGCUGAUCAGCUGGGACCUGGAUGUCGGGGUGCUGGUGACAGACAGACACAGACAGAUCGCUAAAUGGAUUCGUGAAAACAUGCCCAAUACACGGCACUGCUAUGACAUCUGGCAUGUUGCAAAAUCCAUCGGAAAGAAACUGAAGGCCAUCGCCAAGCAUAAGGACUGUGAAGACCUGAAGCCCUGGGUGCAAAGUAUAAUCAACCACCUCUACUGGGCAGCAGUGUCUACACCGCCUGGAGAGGGGGAACUUCUGGUUGCCAAGUGGAAGUCUGUGGAGCGACACAUUCAGAACAUCCACAAGGACCAUGGCGACCUCUUCCCAAUUUGUACUCAUGGACAACUGCAACGGCAAAAGAAAUGGCUCAAACAAAGUUCACGCUCAGCAGUGAAACUGGAGGAGGUGGUCAACAACAAGUCCCUGCUAAAAGAUAUCGCCAUGCUGUCGGGUGAACACCAGACUUCCAAGGUGGAGGCGUUCCAUAGCCUUAUCAUACAGUUCGCACCGAAAAUGUAUGUCUUCUCAUACAUCGGAAUGCUGUGCAGGAACCUGCUUGCUGGGCUGCACUGGAACGAAAAUUCGAGCCGCCCUAUAGCCACUACACAAGCGGGUGCUGAGCGCUAUGCAGUACGCUACCCGAAGUAUAAAGCAGGGGGCCAUGUGGUCAAGAAAAUCGCGACAGAGCCAACAUACCGCUACGUAGAUGACUUGAUCAGGGAGGUUGUUGCUGGCUGCAGACAGACCCCUGACGAGAGAACACCACUCAGCGUCACUGUGGAUGUGCCUCCCUUCCUCUGCGAUGAACUGGAGAAGCCAGACAAGGAGGAAGCCAUCGCCAAGCACAGGAGUCGCUUCGGUAAGUGUGAAAUGCCCUCCCGGUAACAGUUAGAGAUGCUACCUCAGUAGAAGCAUUUAAGUCCCAUCUUAAAACUCAUUUGUAUACUCUAGCCUUUAAAUAGACCCCCUUUUUAGACCAGUUGAUCUGCCGUUUCUUUUCUUUUCUCCUCUGCCCCCCCCCCCCCACGUGGAGGGGUUAUUCCGGUGACCAUGGAUAAAGUGCUGGCUGUCCAGAGUUGGGACCCGGGGUAUACCGCUCGCCUGUGCAUCGGUUGGGGACAUCUGCGCUGCUGACCCGUCUCCGCUCGGGGUGGCCUCCUGCUGGCUCCACUGGACCCUCACUAAUAUGUUAGACCCACUCGACAUCCAUUGCUUUCGGUCUCCCCUAGAGGGGGGGGGUUACCCACAUAUGCGGUCCUCUCCAAGGUUUCUCAUAGUCAUUCACAUCGACGUCCUACUGGGGUGAGUUUUCCUUGCCCGUGUGUGGGCUCUGUACCGAGGAUGUCGUUGUGGCUUGUACAGCCCUUUGAGACAUUUGUGAUUUAGUGCUAUAUAAAUAAACAUUGAUUGAUUGACUGAU